CCCCCACCUCACCCCUCGGCGCGACAAUCCCCGGCCACUACUAUUAUCAUCGCACACCACCUACCUGCUUUUCCUCCUCUCUCCUCUUCUCCCAGCCUUUCCCCAUUCCGCCGCCGAUUCCCCUCUUCUCGCCGGCUUUGAUUCGCUUCGAUUUCCCGAUCGCUGGUCGCCCGAGCCGUAGCGAGGAGGGGGAAGGUUGAUCGAGCUCGGGCCGCGGCCCCGCGGUGGUGGACUGGUGCCGCGCAUGGAGAUCUCGUUCGAGGCGUGGGAGGGCGUGCAGCGGCACGGCCAGGACCUCGCGGACCGCCUCGCGCAGGGCUUCACGGGCCUGCUGCAGGCGCCGCCGCAGUUCCCGUGGCCGCCCGCCGCCUCGCCGCACAAGCGGAUGCCCUUCGACAUCGACCUCCCCGUCGUCCCCUUCGGCGCCGCCCGCGGGAAGGACUUCCCCUUCCCCGCCGCCGCCGUCUCCUCCGUCAUCGACAUCGGCGGGAGGCUCGGCCAGGCCGGCGCCGAGCUCGGGGCGUCCGUCGGCGGGGCCGUGCAGCACGCCGUCAAGCACCUGCCCGUCCCGUUCCGUAACGGCCAGAUCCGGCGACGCAAGCAGCAGCAGCCGCUGCCGCAGGCGCCCCUGCCCCCUGCGGCCUCGGUGGGCGAGGGGGCGGUAGGGCUCUCCGUCGAGAGGGCUGCGGUGGAUAGGUGCCCGCUCGAGGCGGCGGCGGCUGCAGCCGCUGCGGCGACCGGGAGCGCGGCCGCGUCGAGCGUUAGUGGUCAUGUUGGCGGAGACGACUUGGAUGAGGAGGACGAGGGUUUCGGCUGCGAGAUUGGGACUUUUGGAAACUUUAACAAAGCCAAGGGUACGGUAAAUAUGUCGGCAACAUACAACACCAGGAGUAAUGACAUCGAGAGUUCUGGUGUUGCACGUGGAGACCUAUGGAGGCUAGAGGCCUCACGUGGUGGUUCAACUUCUGGAAACGAUACCUCGCCCCUUUACCUUGUUCAGUUGGGACCUCUACUAUUCGUUCGAGAUUCUACACUGCUCUUGCCUGUUCAUCUAUCAAAGCAACACCUGCUUUGGUAUGGUUAUGAUCGCAAGAAUGGAGUUCAUUUGCUCUGUCCGGCUAUAUGGUCAAAACAUAGAAGAUGGUUGAUGAUGUCAAUGAUGUGUCUCAAUCCAGUUGCUUGUUCUUUUAUGGAUCUGCAGUUCCCUAAUGGGCAACUAACAUAUGUUGCUGGUGAGGGAAUAUCAGCAAGUGGUUUUCUUCCGUUAUUUGGUGGGUUGCUUCAAGCUCAUGGAAAAUAUCCUGGAGAAACAAGAGUGAGCUUUUCUUGCAAGAAUAAACGCGGCACAAAGUUCACUCCUAUGUUUCAAUAUCCCGACAAGUCUGUUUCAUUAGGAGUUACUCAACCCUUGGCAUGGAAAAGGUCCGGUCUUGUGGUCAGACCCAGCAUACAAGUCAGUUUGUGCCCUACAUUUGGAGGAAGUGAUCCUGGGGUACGUGCGGAAGUUGUCCAUUCAUUGAAAGAGGAAUUGAAUUUGAUGUGCGGCCUCUCUUGCUCAAGGCAUCCAUCGGCUUUUACCGCACUCUCUAUUGGGCGAUCCAAGUGGAAUGGUCAAGUGGGCAGUUCUGGAGUGGUAAUCACCUUGGAAACACCUCUUAAUAACAUUGGAAGGCCGUCUUUAUCAGUUCAACUGAAUGGUGGUUUUGAGUUGUGAUGUCUUGACUUUGGCGUUGAAGUUGUACAUACAAGUGUAUAUAUGGCUAUCACUAAUGUCCUUGCUCCAUAGUCAUGGAUUGGCUUCUGAGCUGACCAACCUUAGAAAGUUCGUGGAAGUUGGUUGCAACUUGCAAGCUUGCAGCUUGUUUUUGUCUCUGUAAGCCUCAACUUUGACAAAUCAGGUGCUAUGUUCACCAUGUGGGCAGAGAAGUCAACUGCUUUGUUCCCCACUCAAGAGACUUGCAUACUUCUUCGCAAUUCUCGAAGAGAUUGUGAUACUUGCAGUUGAACAUAUAUUUUAGAAGUUAAUGAAGGAGUGCCACGAGCGCAUCUUGCUGCGACCUGACUGCCUGUGCGCAGCUAUGCCGUCCUGGAAGGAGUCGUUUAUCCAGAAGCUCAUUCUUUUGGUGCAAGACCAACACCACCUGUUGCAUUUCAAGUUUUCAACAUUGUUGAAACCAAAUUGUCUUGUGUUGGGUAUAUGACAUCACACCUGACCACUGUCUGGUUUGCAUUGUUGAAUUUUGAGACAAACUAGUAGGUGUGUUUUUUUACUUCGAUCUUGUAUUCCUGUACAAGUAUUGAUAAAAUGAAUGGAAGACCAUCUUGAGCUUGGUGUCACGGAC